AUGACGCGCGCCUAUGAUCCAGGUCUUCCAAUGAGCGCGAUCCCCAAGUUCUUCGAGGGGGCUGUCGUCAAUUACGCCGAGAAUGUUUUCCACGGGAAGGAUCCCAACCAGAACGCCCUUAUUGGCAUUCGUGAGAAAGAGUCACUCGACGGCGAUGUUUGGACGUGGAGACAUCUCGCUGAGAUUGUCAGGAAGUUGCGGAGUGCCCUGUUACGCAGCGGCGUUGAAAAGGGUCAGCGAGUCGGCGCCAUAAUAUCGACAAGCGUGUGGUCAGUCGUAUUGUUCCUGGCUACGGCAUCGAUUGGAGCCAUCUGGACUAGCAUUGCUCCCGACAUUGGCGAAGAGGGUUGUGUCUCCCGGUUAGAACAGAUUCUUCCUAAGAUUCUCUUUGCGGACAGCGCUUCGACGUUCAAGGGCAAAACUCAUUCCAAUGUUGACAAGAUCCGCAAGAUCGUUCGUCGCCUCCCACAAAAACCAGUGGUGAUCGUGAUACCAUUGUCCGCUCCCCAACCGCUUGAAUUUCCUACCAUUGACGACUUUUUGUCCAAGUCAAAACCAGGGGAUGCCUUGGACUUUGCCAGAGUGCCGUACAGCCACCCGCUCUACAUCCUGUACACCAGCGGUACGACCGGGCAGCCAAAAUGUCUUGUCCAUAGCCAUUCCGUCAUUGUCCAACACAAAAAGGUGUCCCUCCUGCAUAAUUCUCUCAACCAGAAUGAUGUCGUGUUCCAAUACAGCAGCACCUCAUGGGUUUUGUGGAAUAUCAUGGUUGGGCACCUGUCUGUUGGCCCAACCUUGGUCAUGUAUGAUGGAUCUCCUUUGUGGCCGAAUCCUAACGCCAUGUUAAAGACACUGGAACACCACCGCGUGACCUACUGGGGCACAUCUCCCCGAUACCUACAGGAGCUGGAGAUGACUGGUUCAAUUCCUAGCCAAGAGGUCGACUUGUCGUCAUUAAAAAUGGUACAAACCGGGGGAUCUCACCUGGCAGCCCACCAGUACCAUUGGUUCUAUCGCACCUUUCCAAAAUCUGUCCACUUGACUAGCGUCACUGGAGGCACUGAUUUGGUCACAUCCUGGAUUGGCACUGACCCAGCUGGUCCCUUGUAUCCAGGGGAAAUCCAGCUUCCAAUGUUGGGACAAGAUGUUGAUGUAGCCGAUCCGAGCACUGGAGAGUCGAUCAAGGAAACUGGAAGGCAAGGGGAAUUUGUCUGCCGCGCCCCGUUCCCCUCUAUGCCUGUCUUCUUCUGGGGAGACAAGGAGAUGGCGAGAUACAAGGAUACGUACUUCGAUCUGUUUCCUGAUUGCUGGGCGCAGCAUGACUGGGCUAGUUACAAUCCUAUUACAAAAGGCUGGCAGAUACACGGGCGAAGGUGUGUAUGA